UUGGGCCCGCCUCCGGAAGGAACUGCACUGGACUUCUGCGGCCCCCUGUUCGCUCCUGGUACUUCCGCCCUAGCCUCCAUUCGGCCAGCCGCUCGGGAGGCCACGCCCAUUUCACCGCUUCUCCGUCCAGUCUCUUCCUGGCCACGACGGCAGCAUGGCGGUUAAGGAAUUACGGGCAGAGCUGGAGCAGCGGCUCGGCGCCCUGGCCAUCCAUACUGAGGUUGUGGAGCACCCGGAGGUGUUUACAGUUGAAGAAAUGAUGCCUCAUGUCCAGCAUUUGAAAGGAGCACACAGUAAGAACUUAUUUCUUAAAGACAAGAAAAAAAAAAGCUAUUGGCUGGUGACAGUUCUUCAUGAUAGACAAAUUAAUUUAAAUGAUCUUGCCAAGCAAUUAGGUGUUGGGAGUGGAAAUCUUCGGUUUGCUGAUGAAACAGCCAUGCUAGAAAAACUAAAAGUUGGCCAAGGCUGUGCCACACCUUUGGCACUCUUCUGUGAUGACGGAGAUGUGAAAUUUGUUCUGGAUUCAGCUUUUUUGGAAGGUGGACAUGAAAAGGUGUACUUUCAUCCAAUGACCAAUGCUGCAACCAUGGGAUUGAGCCCUGAAGACUUUAUCACAUUUGUGAAGAAGACAGGACAUGAUCCCAUAAUACUAAAUUUUGAUAAAAACAACUAAUUGGGCUGAUACCUAGAAUACAUCUAUUUCUGAAAGCUGUUUUUCUUACUUGUAAUUUAUAAAAAGCAUUAAAAUUGAUAAUAUUUAGCACCUUGA